AUGGCAAGCGCAGUCUCCAACCUCCGGGCGCCGUCAAAUGGCAACGACCGUUUCAACCAAGAAGCACUGAACUGGGACAGCCGGCCAUUCGUCCACGAAGCAAGUCAAGCAGCCUCUCAAGCGAUCCUUGCGAAACUCAAGACCCUCAACGCGCAGCCAAAGCAAGUCCUGGAAAUAGGCUGCGGGACAGGAAUCCUCUCCUUCCUGAUCGCACCACAUGUGCAGCACGUAGUAGCCGUAGACGCCGCAGAGGGCAUGAUCGAAGUCUUGAGGACGAAAUUAGCGAGGCCCGAGGCGCCUAAGAACAUCGUCCCCUUAGCCGUUCUGCUCGAGGAUCCUGAUGAUCCCUCUUUACCGCCAUCGAUGGAAGGAGAAUCGGGCGGUGGAGCACGGCAGCGUUUCGACUUGAUAACAUCUCAUCUUGUCCUCCAUCAUAUAGAUGAUCUCCAGGCCGUUCUGAAGACGAUGCUCGGCUGUUUGGCCUCCGGCGGGAAGGCAAUGCUAACAGACUUCGAGGACUUUGGUCCAGAGGCCAAGAGGUUCCAUCCUGCUUCAAAGAUGGCUGGCGUCGAGAGGCAUGGCGUCAACACUAAUGAUAUGACGAGAUUGAUGGAGGACGUCGGAUUCGAGAACGUCAGCGUGAAGCCGACUUGGACGAUGAAGAAGAAAGUGGAGAAGUUCGAUGGGGAGUUUGGGAAGGAAGGGAUGAGUUCCCGUUCUUGUUAUGCUAUGGAGAGAAGUCGUGAAGCUCUGCACGGUAUUGCUCAAGCACUGAAUGCCACUGCCACUACUAGCGCCACGGAGCGAGGACCAUAUGUAAAGGCGCCAUAA